AUGGUCUCGAGCGCCACUUACCCGCCCAGCAACGUCCAGCAGUCCCACGAAGCGGCGCAGGAGGGCAACGUCACUUCACCUCCGCAGCAACAGCCCGCUAUGACCACCGUCCCGCUCGACUCUUCGUCCUAUGUCUCGCGUCAACCGGAGCGCCAGCCUGCGAUGCAGUUGCGCGGUGGAGGAUGCGUCAAGGACUGCUGCGCCGCUUGCUUGUGCUGCUGUGCUCUCGAAGAGAUCUGCUGCUGCGAGAUCGACGAGUUCUGCUGCUGA